UACACGUGCUGUAAAACCAGCAAAAUCCCUCUCUCAGCGUUACUUCGCGUGUGAGGCGGGGAGCCAGGACGAGAUGGCGGACUCCGACGAGUGCAAGACCGCCAAGACGAGAUCCAACACCAUCGCCAGUGGCGAGGAAGGAGUUCGCGGGCGGAUCGAGAUCGAGCUCGACCCCGUCGUCGCUGGCCGCGGCGGCGAUACGCUUUAUUCCGUCCUUUGCGAUUUCGUCGCCGGCGUCGUUUCGUCGCCUCCGUCCUUUCUCUUCCCACGGAUCAUGUUCUCCUUUGCUAAGUCCUUUCCCCGCCUUCAGGAAGCGUCGAGAAACUCCUCGAGGAACCUCCGCCUCUGGACUCGUCGCGGCGGCUCCAUUCGCGCCAUCUUUGUCAUCUCGGUUGGAACAAUCACUCUUCUGGCUUUGACAGGCUUGCUGAUUUUUUUAUGUUUCUUGUUCACAGCCACACUAAAUGCUGUUAUUGUUUCUCUACUGGUGUCUUUGGUAGCUGCUGGUGGUUUUUUGGCUUUCUUCUUUUCAUGCUUAAUCGCAAUUUAUAUUGGCACAUUAUCCAUAGCAGCUUUUGCAAUCUCCAUAACAACUAUCUCAACAAUCAUAGCCAUCAUGGUAGCUACUGGUAUGUAAUAAAUUCUUUUCAUCAAUUGUUUAUAUUUUCAGAUGCCCUUUAGGAUGAAAGAAUCAAUUUAUAUUCCAAACAAAAUAACAAAUAAGUGGUAAUUGUAUUUUUCUCGAGAAAUAUUUCUUCAUAGCAUUUUCUCAGUGAUCUGCAAUCGUUCCCUUGUGAAAGAUCCCUACCUGUAUAAUUAUUUUUACAUCUCUUUCAAGUGAGUUGUUUACUACAUCUAACCCAUUCAAAUUUAAUUAUAUAAUGAUUUAAUCACUUGAAUUUUAUUGCAUACAAAGUAAACCACUAAUUACUCAUCUUUACAUUAAUUGGAGUAAUUUACUUUGUGAAAUUUGUACCUACCAUAGAUUAUGAUAACAUUAAUAAUAUUCACUGUCAAAAGAUUAAGAAUCCUAGGAUUGUGUGGUACAUAUAUCUUUUGACGUCUUUCGUUAUAAAGUUUUGGUUCUGAAUACUUUCAGGUCAAUUGGCUUUAAUCUGAAAACUUGGAUCAGAUCAAUUUUGAUCGAGAAUUGAUCGGAUUCAACCCAACCCAUAUAUGCAUUUAUGAUGGAUUGGAUUCUUCUGGGUCAUUUGGCUUGUUGCCAAGAAAAGUUUGGGCCUCACGUCGCAAUCAGUUAGUAAGGCAAGUUCCAUCAUAUCAACAUAUUCAAAAACUCGGCAAGCAAGCUAGGAUGCUGCACCGAGUACUUCAGGUUGAAAAUGAUUGAUUUUGCGAACAUUCGUAUCUUUAUACUUGUUGAUUGCAAGCAUGUAAGUAUAUCGACAACUGAUGCAUCAUGCUCAGUUUUGACAUUCAAUGCAAUUCAUUGCACAACUUCACUGAGCAAAUGCAUGUGAUAAAGUUGUGUUUGCAUUUUGUUAGAGAGGAAUAGUUAAGUAUAAAUGAAAAGAAUCCCUUUGGCUUGAAGUUUGAACUAAUCCUUAGCAUUUCCAUUUUGCAUGAGAUUGGAGUACUUGUAUUUUGUACCGCAUAAUAGUCCAUGUACAUUGAUAAAUCAUGUAUCGAACAAGUACAAAAUAUUUUUUUAAAAAAAGGAGGUUUUCUUCACUAGUGAAAAAUAGUGAAGUUUUGUUAAUUUUAUAUUGUUUUUCUUUUGGUGGUUCAUGGAGAAAAAUAAUGGAAAAGAAAUCAGUGUUGGAACUCAACUAAGCUACUUGGACAUGGAUCAUAUACCUUCUGUUCUUCCCUUUUUUUUCUUGCAAAAAGAAAAAGAAAAAAGUUUUAUUUGAUUGUAUUUGCUUUACUACAUUAUCUAUAUAAAAUAUCCUUAAGUUGUUUUUUGAUCCAUAGCUAUAGAAACUUGAUCAGAAGAGCUUUGGAUAACUUAUUCACUAAUUGAAUAAGUUGGUUAAUUAGUUGAAUUGCAUAUUAAACCAUGAAUUGAUUUAGUCAAACUAAUUACUAUCGACCCUUGGACUAUAAAUGUUUCUGAUACUAUUGGAUUGCUCUUUUCUUGAAUGAUGAUAAUCUUUUCUAGAUCCAUUCCAUAUUUAAUAUCUCUUAUUCUUUACCAUUUGUUCAAUGCACAACUGAUAACAUGAGCUAACCUAAUUGCUUUCAUUUUUUAUUCAUGCAAGUUGAAGUUGAGGACAGUGGUUACAUAAAUUUGAGGUCCAUAAUGUAACAAGAUUAAGAUUUCCUAUUCUUCCACUAAUUAAAUAAAACCACUUGAAAUAUUUUGUUGCAAGAUAUUUUUGUGUUGAGUAGUUGUGCACACAAUGCAUUUAUCUGUUUUAUUUAGUGAAGCACAAUUGUAGAUUUCCAUGGAGACAAAGUAUCAAUUUCAACACUCUUAUCAUCGUCAUUAUUAUCGACUACAUUACAUUCUUUUUUUUUUUUGUUGAGCUCUAUGCAGAAUUUUCAUUGGUGUUCUGACUAAUAAUAUGAUUUUGAGUCUGUCAUUGGAGAAGAACCAAGUGACGUUUCUAUUAUUGUUUUAUAUUUGGUUAAGAGAUACAUAGAUAUGAUUAUAUUGAGAUAGUCAUUAAUAUUUUCUCUCUUAUUAUAUACUAUAUAUAUAUAUGUUGUGAAGUUCAUGAACUACAACAAAUUACUUUAUUUUUAUUUAUUCUUAUGUAUUUGUUGUACUAUUAGGUUUUAUUUUUUAAAUAAAAAAAUCAACAUUUCAUCUUUGAAAAAGCAAAUUUUCUCAAUUAUUACUUUCUGUUUGUUGUAAUCUUUUCCAUCUUACUAAAUAAAAAACAUCAACUUCCAUAUAGAUUCUACUGAUUUUAUUUUAUUUUUCUCAAUGAAGUGAUAUUUUUAAAAUGGACUUGGCUAAUCUUCACUGUCCAUAUUAAGGAUAAAUAAUAUUUAGCUUGAGAAGAUGACACACUCCAACCAAUUAUACAUAAUUAUUAGAUCUAUUAAGAGUUAAAAAAAAAAUUCAUGGCUCUAAUUUUUUGGAGCCAUUAAUUUUGUUUUUCUAAGCCAUUUUUUUAUUAAAAAAAUUGAAUAGUUAGAAUACUUAAACAAUUCAAAAUAAAAAAUAGUAAAACUAGAGGUCACAAAGCUAAGAGAAUAUAUUCAAAACCAAGCAAGUGGGAGUAAAUAAAUUUAUAAUAAAAUUAUCAUUCUUAGCAUGAGACAAAAUAGAAAAUAUCUCACAUUAUUUAAUAUAUAAAUGUCAGAAUUCAGCCGUUGUUUCGCGGAUAGUCUUGACUUUAGCCUUCUUCUCCGAGCCCUUGUCCAUUGUAUAACUAAUGCUUGAAUGUCCUUCAACCCCUCCUUAUCAAGUGGGAGUAAAAUAAAUUCAUAAUAUAAUGAUGAUGAUUAUUAUACUAAUGAAAUCAUUAUCUCAUCCCUCUAAGACCCUUGUUCGAACAACUUAGAUCUAAGAACUUCUCAACUUUGCACAUUAACAGUUGAGUGUAUUUUUUUUUAGUACUAAAGAUCUUCAAUCUAAUUAUAUAUGUUCUAAAACUCCACAUGGAAUCAAAUUAUCAUCAACUUGCAAAAUCAUUCAUUUUCUUUAUUGAACCCUUGUCUCCCCUAUCACUUCAACCUCCCCCAAACCUACUACCACAUCAUCAUCCUCAUCUCCCUCUCCUCCACAAAUUGAAUGAAGCUACAUAACAAGUUAAUUACCCACAAAACAAUCGCAAGAACAUUCUAGACUUAAACCCCGUAAUAUGUCUAACUAAGAAGAGAAGGUGCCCUUAAUGACAUCCUCUCUUUCUCCUUAAAUAUUCCCUCAAACUUCACACUUCUCCUCAUAACUUGUGAUUGAUUUUAUGGUCUCGUCGCGAGAAGAUGCCUAAUGCGGCUGCAUACAAAGUCUUUGUCGGCACUUGGAAUGUCGGAGCCAUCACACCAUCAAACAGUCUCAAUUUGGAGGAUUGGUUGGGCACAAAUCGCGACUCCUACGACAUUUAUGUUCUCGGGUUUCAAGAGAUUGUGCCACUGAGCACUAGAAAUGUGCUUGGUCCUGAAAGGAACAGGGUGGCCAUGAAGUGGAACUCACUCAUCGGAGCAACUCUGAACAAAUGUCAUCGAACCGAGGAGGAGAAUAAGAAGCCUCGUGAAGUAAAAUCGGAGCAUCAUCACAAGGUGUACCCUAUGAAACAAGGGGGUGUUGAUCAUGUCGAGUUCAAUUGUAUAAUGAGCAAGCAAAUGGUUGGGAUUCUGAUCUCAGUUUGGGCGAGGAAAGAUCUUUCAGGAUUAAUCAGGAACCUUUGUGUCUCCUCUGUUGGUUGUGGCAUCAUGGGCUGCUUGAAGAAUAAGGGUUCGGUGUCGGUUAGAUUCUAUCUUCGCGGAGCGAGUUUUUGUUUCGUGUGUUGCCAUCUGAGUUCAGGAGGAAAAGAGGGAGACCAAAAGCUUCGGAAUCUAAAUGUCACUCAUAUUUUAUCCAAGACUUGUUUUGCCGCCGACAACUCUUCAAACAAUUCUCCCAAGAAAAUUCCCGAUCACGAUCAUAUAGUCUUGUUCGGAGAUUUAAACUACCGAAUCUCCUUACCCGAUGCAAAAAUGAGGCAACUUGUCGACCGAAAGGAGUGGAAAACCUUGUUAGAUGACGAUCAGCUAAGUUUUGAAUUGUCCCCAAGAGGAAUAUUUGAAGGUUGGAACGAGGGCCCCAUCAAUUUUCCUCCUACAUAUAAAUAUAAACCUAACUCUGAUGAAUAUUAUUAUGGUUAUAUUUAUGAUAAAUCGAAAGAAGAGAAGAGAAGAGCUCCAGCAUGGUGCGAUCGAAUCCUGUGGAUCGGGAAAGGCUUGAAGCAACUUUGCUACGAGCGAUGCGAGUCGAAGUUGUCGGACCACCGAUCAGUGCGAGCGAUCUUUCUUGUUGACGUAGAGGUGUGAUUGUAGUAACUUCUAUAGUUUGGAAGGAUGAUGUACGAAAUGGAAGAUCGAGUUUAUUUACUUAACUACGAAAUCCAUUUCUUGAAUUCGCUCGAAUUAUGAGUUUCCACUUAUCGAUAGCAAAUGAAUAGAUGCCUAAUAUUUCUUUUUGGCAUCGGGGCACAGGUUCAUUAAUA